UACAACGAUUUCAUUCAGUGCAAGUGAAACUUUUCCUAUAGGUAUGUUAGUAUUGAAAUGCUGUCAAUCGCGCGUUUUGGUCCGCAGAAUGAUUACAGCACAGUUAUGUUGGAAGAAAAUGCAUCAUGUUUUGUUUUGUGCUCUUGUAUUGUUAGUUUGUUUGACGGUUUUCAGUGAAAGAAGAACUAAAUUCGCCGAAAAAGACGGUGACGGAGAGGACGUAAAAUAUGUAGCGGAAAAUCCAUACAUAGGUGAAAGAAAUGAACAAAUCGACACCGUACGGUAUCCUAAAUUAAACGAUAUAGAAGAUGAAAAAGGAGAACAAGAAGAUGUGGACGUUGUUUAUACGUGGGUGAAUGGAUCAGAUCCUGCCUUCAUUAAAGAUUUUCAAAUGAUGAUGAAAAUGCAAAAUAAAGCCAAACCGGAAGUGUUGGCGUUAAAUCGGUACAAUGACUGGGGAACGCUGAAAUAUUCAAUGAGAUCAGUGGAAAAGAACGCACCAUGGAUUCGUCAUAUAUAUUUGUUAACGAAUGGACAAGUUCCUGAUUGGUUGGAUCUUAAUAGCCCUCGAAUAAGCAUAGUGACACAUGCGGACAUUUUUACAAACAAAUCUGAUCUCCCAGCGUUCACAUCUCCUGCAAUAGAAAGCCAUAUACACAGAAUACAAGGACUGUCAAACAGAUUCUUGUACAUGAAUGAUGAUAUCAUACUGCCCACAAAAGUUUACAUGUCCGAUUUUUAUACGGAAAGAGACGGAUAUAAGCUGAGAUUUAUCGAGGAAAGGCUUGAACAUUGUAACAAAGUCUGUGCAUCAAACAGUGUGAAUAACGGGAUUUGUGAGGCUAACUGUACCAGCCCUAGCUGUGAAUUUGACGGCGAUGAUUGUAAAGGUAUUGCAAAUAUCCCUCUUUAUAUGGGGUCCGACAAGGAGUUUAUGUACGACAGUUGGGGUGGUUCGUUACGGCACACCCACUUCUUGCUGAACAAGAUGUUUGGUCCUAAAGACAGAUACAUACCAGAACACGCAGCUCACAUGUUUGAUAAAGACGUCCUCUCAAAGCUUGUAGAAAGCUUCCCAGACGAAUGGAAUAGAACGUCAUCAACAAAAAUCCGCCAUCAUUUGACCAUUCAACCAGAGUUUGCGUAUUAUAAUUAUUUGAAAGAACUGGAAGAAUUGAGGACUAAUAAUGUCAGGACGACAACCAUAUGGACACAUAAGAACGCAGAAAAGAUUGAUUUUUCAAUGGACAAUAGAGGCGUCAUCGGUCGAAAGCUACAGUUUAAAUGGUGUAAACGAGAGAUAUUAUUGAAGCGACCAAAAUUUCUCGUAUUUUCAGACCAUUUUACACGUCCUGUGUAUAGUAAUGAAAAGGAAGAAAUACAAGAGGCACUUACCAAAUUCCUACGCUCAUUAUUUCCAGUUCCUUCACAAUUUGAAAAGAAGCAAACACUUUAAGGAUGAACGACUGGAAACAGCGCAUUGAACAACAUCUAGAGGAUCGGCAUUAUUCCAGCGAUUUUCUUUAGCAGUUUUCAUUACCAACCGAUUACACGCUAUGCAGCUGACGUUAGUGGGACACAUGUUACCAACUACACAUGAAUGCAUAUUUUCUACACAGAUUUCCAUUCAAUUAAAUAUGUUUGUACACAUUUUGUCGAUGUUGUAACCUACGUUUUCUAUAUGUUUUGAAAGCGCUAGCAGAGUGUUGCAAAGAUAUAGUUUGCUUGAUUAUUUUUAGACGAAAAAUUGUCCAAAAAAAUAAAAAUAUAUAUAUAUAAAAAAAAAAAAAAACGCACAACAACAGCAGGUUGUCCGUGGGAAUGUCCGUAGCAUGUUUGUGUGAUUUGCUUUUUAGAUGGGGUUUUGUACUUUUCUUUAUUUUUUUUUUUGUUGAUGUUGUUCUUUUUUUUUACUUUUUUAUUAUUAUUUUUUUAUAUCUUUUUUUAUUUUUAUUCUUUUUUUUUUUAUUUUAUUUUUAUUCUUUUGUUAACUUUAAAAGAACUUGUAUUUGUUAUGUUUUAUUACUGUAUGCAAGAUUCAAUUUAUCACGUAAUACCAUAAGCCUAAAUGAAUUAAAAUCAAAACAGCAAAUGACGUAAUCCUGAGGUACUUAUAAUUAAUGCUAUAAGAAUCUUAAAUCAAGCCAAUCAUUUGGCGGGAAAUAUUUAGUACAACGAAUUAGUGAUGAUGACAAAUUGUCGCACAAACCAAUGAUCUUAACCACCUGUACGUAAAUCUGUCUGUUUGUGCGUGCGCGCGUACGUAAGUGUGUGUGCUUGCGAGCGUGCGUGCGUGCGUGUGUGUGUGAAAUUUGAUACUUGGCUGUUACACUUUUUGAUAAAAUUCAUCAAGCAUGCAUAUUGUUAUUUGUUGAAUAAAUACUCAACAUUCGAAUAUGUGCAACAUGCUGUUUUUAUUC